AUGGAGGUGACUGCUUCCACAGCCAGUAAUCCAGUAAUCAGCAUGCAACGCUUCAGGGCCCUGGCCACGUACCACUCCCCAGAGAGUCUCAUACUGACAGGAUACCAUGCUCUUCUCUUUCCUGUCCUAAGGAGCCAGGCAGCAGAAUCUCAGUUCUUAAAAGAGUAUAUAAAUGCCUCACUUGAGGAAUACGAUAUUCAAACACAACCUUCUCACUGUCACUCAGCUGAACUCACAUCUCCUGCCAACAUAUCCUACAGCUGCUGCUCUGGAAACUACUCUUCCUGCUCCUUUGGGGGAUACUUGCACUCCCCAAGGUCCUCCUCUGGCUCUUCCUAUCCUAGCAACUUGUUCUGCAGCACUAACCUCUGCUCUCCCAGCACCUCUCAGCUGGACUCUUCCCCCUCCAGUGGCUGUCAGGACACCUGCUAUAAGCCCACUAGCUGCCAGGCAUCUUAUGUGGCGUCCAGACCUUGCCAGACAUCCUGCUACCGCACGAGGAUCUCCACACUCUGCAGUCCUUGCCAGAUGACUUGCUCUGGGUCUCUGAGUUUUGGGUCCAGCAGCUGUCAUUCCCUGGGCUAUGAAUCCAGAAGCUCCUAUUCACUGGGCUGUGAAUCCCAAGGCUUCAGACCCAUGAAUUAUGGAGUCUGUGGCUUCCCUUCUCUGGGCUAUGGAUCCAGAUUCUGCCACCUAACCUACUUGGCUUCUAGGAGCUGUCAGUCUUCUUGUUACAGACCAACAUGUGGAACUGGCUUCUUUUGA